AGCAGUGGGAAGUACUUUAACGUGCGGAUGGAUAUACACCGAUGACGCACACAACUCUGCUAUAUAAGACAUUGGCAGUCUGAGCUGCAGCAGUUUCCUUCCGGAAGAGCACAGAAGCUGAUCUUGUGAGAGCGCAACACGAACUAUUUGCUGCAAUUCUUAUUGUGCAAACAUGCAGAUCUUUGUGAAAACCCUUACUGGCAAGACCAUCACCCUAGAGGUGGAGCCCAGUGACACCAUUGAGAAUGUCAAGGCUAAAAUCCAGGACAAAGAAGGCAUUCCCCCAGACCAGCAGAGGUUGAUCUUCGCUGGCAAGCAGCUGGAAGAUGGCCGCACCCUCUCUGACUACAACAUCCAAAAAGAAUCCACCCUCCACCUUGUCCUGCGUCUGAGGGGUGGCAUGCAGAUCUUUGUCAAGACCCUCACUGGCAAGACCAUCACCCUGGAGGUUGAGCCCAGCGACACCAUCGAGAAUGUCAAAGCUAAGAUCCAGGACAAGGAGGGCAUUCCCCCUGACCAGCAGAGGUUGAUCUUCGCUGGCAAGCAGCUGGAAGAUGGCCGCACCCUCUCUGACUACAACAUCCAGAAGGAAUCCACCCUCCACCUUGUCCUGCGUCUGAGGGGUGGCAUGCAGAUCUUUGUCAAGACCCUCACUGGCAAGACCAUCACCCUGGAGGUUGAGCCCAGCGACACCAUCGAGAAUGUCAAGGCUAAGAUCCAGGACAAAGAAGGCAUUCCCCCUGACCAGCAGAGGUUGAUCUUUGCUGGCAAGCAGCUGGAAGACGGCCGCACCCUCUCUGACUACAACAUCCAGAAGGAAUCCACCCUCCACCUUGUCCUGCGUCUGAGGGGUGGCAUGCAGAUCUUCGUCAAGACACUCACUGGUAAAACCAUCACCCUGGAGGUUGAGCCCAGUGACACCAUCGAGAACGUGAAAGCUAAGAUCCAGGACAAAGAAGGCAUUCCCCCAGAUCAGCAGAGGUUGAUCUUCGCUGGCAAGCAGCUGGAGGACGGCCGCACCCUCUCUGACUACAACAUCCAGAAGGAAUCCACCCUCCACCUUGUCCUGCGUCUGAGGGGUGGCAUGCAGAUCUUCGUCAAGACCCUCACUGGCAAGACCAUCACUCUGGAGGUUGAGCCCAGUGACACCAUUGAGAAUGUCAAGGCAAAAAUCCAGGACAAGGAGGGCAUUCCCCCAGACCAGCAGAGGUUGAUCUUCGCUGGAAAGCAGCUGGAAGAUGGCCGCACCCUCUCUGACUACAACAUCCAAAAAGAAUCCACCCUCCAUCUUGUCCUGCGUCUGAGGGGUGGCAUGCAGAUCUUUGUCAAGACACUCACUGGCAAGACCAUCACCCUGGAGGUUGAGCCCAGCGACACCAUUGAAAAUGUCAAGGCAAAAAUCCAGGACAAGGAGGGCAUUCCCCCAGACCAGCAGAGGUUGAUCUUCGCUGGCAAGCAGCUGGAAGAUGGCCGCACCCUCUCUGACUACAACAUCCAGAAGGAAUCCACCCUCCACCUUGUCCUGCGUCUGAGGGGUACAAACAUGCAGAUCUUCGUCAAGACACUCACUGGUAAAACCAUCACCCUCGAGGUUGAGCCCAGUGACACCAUUGAGAAUGUGAAAGCCAAGAUCCAGGACAAGGAAGGCAUUCCUCCUGACCAGCAGAGGUUGAUCUUCGCUGGAAAGCAGCUGGAAGAUGGCCGCACCCUCUCUGACUACAACAUCCAAAAAGAAUCCACCCUCCACCUUGUCCUGCGUCUGAGGGGUGGCAUGCAGAUCUUUGUCAAGACCCUCACUGGCAAGACCAUCACCCUGGAGGUUGAGCCCAGCGACACCAUCGAGAAUGUCAAGGCUAAGAUCCAGGACAAGGAGGGCAUUCCCCCAGACCAGCAGAGGUUGAUCUUCGCUGGCAAGCAGCUGGAAGAUGGCCGCACCCUCUCUGACUACAACAUCCAGAAGGAAUCCACCCUCCACCUUGUCCUGCGUCUGAGGGGUGGCAUGCAGAUCUUUGUCAAGACACUCACUGGUAAGACCAUCACCCUGGAGGUGGAGCCCAGUGACACCAUCGAGAAUGUCAAGGCUAAGAUCCAGGACAAGGAGGGCAUUCCCCCUGACCAGCAGAGGUUGAUCUUUGCUGGCAAGCAGCUGGAAGAUGGCCGCACCCUCUCUGACUACAACAUCCAGAAGGAAUCCACCCUCCACCUUGUGCUGCGUCUGAGGGGUGGUCAAUAAAUGAUUCCAUGUUUUUACCUGAUCAAUAUGACAACCUAACUCAAUAAAACAUGAGAGAUUAACAUUUA